AUGGAUUCCAUUGAGAGGAGAUUAUUCAUCCUUCGCUCGUUCGUUUAUCCUUACAUAAUGAGUGCUGAUCGUUUCGGCGGUUUUUACUUUCAUUAUAGACCAAAAUGCGCUGCAGAGGUUAACAUCGUACCGACUGCACAAGCGGGUGCCGCACAACAUCGAGUCGAGAGCGCUGAACCAGUUCAAGAAUUGCUACUUCAGUCCGAUUCAGUGUGUACUGAUGGAGCGUCGGCGACGAUAGAACGACGACCAGUAGCGAACACCGUCAGCCGAUGA